AUGAGCUUGGUCUGGGCCAGUGGAAGAGCAUUGCGAGCGCACUGGAGGAUGAGUGCACUGCCAGCCGUGUCAGCGAGCUCAGCGCAGUUCAGCCAGUCGGCUCCUGUUGCCAGUGGCAGCGCAACCGAAUCAAGCACGGCGUACAACAACAUCAUCGUCACAAGGGAAGGCGCCAAGCGCAAUGUUACCCUAGUGACCCUCAACCGACCCAAAGCUUUGAAUGCGCUCAAUUCCGAGCUGUUUCACGAAGUCAAUGCAGCCAUGGAAGAGGCCGAUCACGAUGAUACUAUCGGCGCAAUCGUUCUCACUGGCUCCGACAAGGCUUUUGCGGCGGGCGCAGACAUCAAAGAGAUGAAGGCACGCUUCAUCGCACAGGACAAGACAUUCGCGCAGGCAUACGGAAAGAGCUUCCUGUCGCAUUGGACGCGCUUGACGACCGUGCAGAAGCCCAUCGUCGGUGCGGUGAGCGGAUAUGCACUCGGCGGAGGUUGCGAGCUGGCGAUGAUGUGUGACAUCGUCCUCGCCUCACCGACAGCCGUUUUCGGUCAGCCAGAGAUCAACCUUGGCGUGAUUCCCGGCGGGGGAGGCACACAGCGACUGACACACGCCAUCGGCAAAUCCAAAGCAAUGGAGAUCGUCCUCACGGGCAAGAACUUCUCAGCACAAGAAGCUGCAGAUUGGGGCCUCAUCAGUCGUGUCGUAGGCGAAGGGGAAGGCGAGGUACUUCAAGAAGCGAUCAAGGUAGCAGAAAAGAUUGCCUCAAAGGGUUCGCUGGCCGUACAAGCCGGCAAAGAGGCCGUCAACCAAGCUUACGAGCUCAGCCUUUCCUCAGGCCUGACAUUCGAGCGGCGUCUUUUCCAUGGCCUCUUCUCUACAAACGACCAAAAGGAAGGCAUGUCAGCCUUUGCAGAGAAGCGGAAGGCGGCCUGGACCAAUUCAUAG